AUGGACAGGUCUGCUGAAUUUGAAAGCUUCAGUUAUCAUCACCAAAAUGGCCAUUCGCCGCAUUCUUUUUGUCCUGAUUUUGAGAAAAUAGCUUUAGUUUAGAUUUGGUAACUGUUUACAACUGACAGUCAUGUUUCUGCAAAGAUCACAUCCGCAAGGUGUGUGGAACACUGGUAAAUGAGCCCGGAAUAGUCUAUCUACACUGCCUGCCAUUGCCAACCACGGUCCGUCUAACCCCUCGAGCGCUCACGCAUGAUCUCUGAGAUAUGUCAGGUAUUUUUUAACGAAUCAUUUCAUGUUCUGUGUAAGCUACCUUCAGCUCUGCGAAAUACCAGAAGGUAGAUUAUUUUUAUGCUACAAUUUGUAACCAAAUCACUCUCCGGAAUCGUAGCCUACAUUUCGAUGAUUUCUAUUUAUAAGGAGGCAAUGCUUCUCGACCAAGACGGAUGCGAUCUAUGCUGUGACCGCCACGAAGGGUAGUUGUAAAAUAGCGUAAAGACGUUUGGACAAUGUCAUUUCUGGAAUGCUUUCACAAUAAACCUGUGUGAUUGAUUGUGAAUGCUGCGGCGAGAGAAGGCUAAUUUAGUUUUUUUGGCACCAGCGGAUGCUGCGCCGAAGAAUGGGAUACUCCGACCCCUCGUCGGGUAGAGAUUUACUCGGCAAUAGAUCGCUUUGUUUUAUAUUCAUUUGUGCAUUUGGACUGGUAACACUUUUACAACAGAUUCUUUAUGGCAAAAACUACAUUAAAAGUUCGCAACAGUUUAGCCGACUCAAAGGAGACGAGACAGGAAAUUGGACCGGCCCUGUUAAUUUCUCGGAUGAUGGAUCUCUGAAGCCUGCCAGAAAUGGGAAGAAAAGAUGUUUCCGUCAGAAUUUUCAGCCCGAUUCACAGAGCUCCGUAAUAGUCACACCCUGCCUAGCCGAUAUUAAGAAGAAAAAAAAACGAUCACAAAGGUAUCUGGACACGUACGACGGUUCCUAUGACUACAACUCCACCGCCUGCAAAGAGCUCAGACAGGAGAUAAUGGACGUCAAAGUCCUGACAAUGGUAAAGACGUCGGAGCUGUUUGAGAGAUGGAGGAACCUGCAGGUGUGCAAGUGGCAGCAGAAUGUGGUGGAAACCAACAACUUCAAGAUGUCUCUGUCACGGUGUUGUAACGCACCCUCCUUCCUGUUCACCACCAAGAGGAACACCCCGGCGGGCACGAAGCUGAGAUAUGAGGUGGACACCAGCGGCAUCCUGCCCAUCAGCACUGAGGUCUACAAGAUGUUUCCUGACGACAUGCCGUACUCCAAGUCCCAGUUCAAGAGAUGCGCGGUUGUUGGAAACGGGGGGAUUAUCAAGAACAGCAAAUGCGGGAAGGAAAUUGACUCGGCAGAUUUUGUGUUUAGAUGCAACAUACCACCCAUCAACGAGAAGUAUUCAGCUGAUGUAGGCUCCAAAACUGACCUUGUUACCAUUAAUCCCAGCAUUUUAACGGAGAGAUUCCAGAAACUGGAGAAGUGGCGUCGGCCAUUUUACAAGGUCCUUCAGAACUAUGAGAACUCGUCGGUGGUCCUGCCGGCCUUCUACAACAUGCGGAACACGGACGUCUCCUUCCGGGUGAAGUACAUGCUGGACGACUUCGACUCCCAGAGGGCCGUGUUCUUCUUCCAUCCGCAGUACCUGCUCAACGUCCAGCGGUUCUGGAACGUCCAGGGUGUCCGCGCCAAACGCCUCAGCAGUGGCCUGAUGCUGGUGACCGCCGCCAUGGAGCUGUGCGAGGAGGUCCACCUCUACGGCUUCUGGGCGUUCCCUAUGAACCCCUCCGGCAUCUUCAUCACGCACCAUUACUACGACAACGUCAAGCCCCGCCCCGGGUUCCACGCCAUGCCCCACGAGAUCUUUAACUUCCUGCACAUGCACACGCGAGGCAUCCUCCGCGUGCACUCGGGUGGCUGCACGUGAUUUUGCAAGCGGAGCCAGGCCCCCCCCCACCACCACCACACACACACACACUGCAGUGCAUAGUGGGAAGACAUGAUUUGCCCCUUUUUUUUGUCUGGACGUGUCACCAUUUUGCACUCCGGUGUCUUCAUUUAAAGGUACAAUGUUUUUUUUUAUUACUGCUGACGAGAGAUAGUCUUUUAAACUUACACGCCGUGUAUCUGUGCUCUCCAUUGUAGCUACAUUUGUUGAAAGUUGCUUGCUUCAAAUGCUAUCCUUUCUCUUACACUCUUCCAGAAUGAGCAACUCCACUGACCGCCAGUAUUGCUGAAUCUUAUAAUGUAGGUUGCUUGUUUUAAUGUUAAGUGGUCUUUCCUAGUGAUGUCGUUUCUGUGAAAUCUCAGUGGCUCAGUGGUUCUACUUCUGUACAGAGGUGUGGGUUUAAAGUUUGAUCUCAACAUUGCACAAGUAUUUACACUGAAAAAGGGCCACUCUGUAUGUCCCUUACAUCCUGUACCAUGUCUUUGACACUUCCUCUUUUUUGGUGUGGCAGCUUUUAUUUAUGCCUGUGUAAAAAGCCUGAACACUAUUGAUGUUCGAGUCUAAAUGUUCAAAUGGUUUAGUUAGAAACCUUUAGUUGUCCAGCUACAGUAACCUGUUUUAUAUGGGUAAAUAUUUAAUAUAAAAAAACAUUGUUAACACUAACCCAAGAGGACCUUUUUCACAGGCCCACUUUCUUCUGUAUAACAAACUUGCCAAUCACUGGAAGAUUUCCUCUGUGAUUUUUGAUGUGAACUGGUGAACUUUUAAUUGCUCAUUGUUUUUGUGGACAAAGGUGAGAUUAUGAAUAUUUUAUAAUUGUCACCAUCAUAGUCAAUUCUCUGACCUUGUUAUCAUAGUAACAUUUCAUAGUAAAAUCUCUGACCUCUGAUCUCUGUCCUAGUCAUGCAUCAUAAGUAGGGCCAGGAGUAUUUACACACAUUAGUCUAGGUUCAACAAUACAAGGUUAAGACUAGAGGGAUUCUAAUAUCCAAUAAGUCUUUGUGCCACUAUUUGACAAGGGACCAGCUUCUGCGUUUGCAACGACUGGGAGUGAAGGGUAGCAACAACAUGAUUUUAAGUCAACAUGAUCACCAGUUUUAAGUCAACAUGAUCGUAGUGAAUUUCAACAAUUUACUCAGCUAACACAUUAAUCAAUCAAUCAAAUGUAUUUAUAAAGCCCUUUUUACAACAGUAGUUGUCACAAAGUGCUUUACAGAGACAC